CCUAUAGAAUCUGUUUUGUUCUUUAUCAUUCGAGAAAAAUAAUCUUGUUUAUUAAGAAUUCAAAAGGGAAAUCACGUUUGUGGCCACAGAAACUCACAAGUGUACAAAGACAACACAAAUUUCUUAUCCUCACAUCUGCCAUUGCCAUUGGCUUUCUAAUUUCCUCCAUCCAAUUCACAAAUAUCCAUUCCCUUCAACAUCGCAUUUCUUCUUCACUCAUAGUAUAUCUUCCCUUUCUCUUAUCCCUCUUCACUCUUCAUUUUGUUCGAUCACCAUGGCUUCUGCAGUAAGUGCCAUAGUCUCCCUCCCAUCUUCUAAAUCCGCUGCCAUUUCACCAAGAACAUCCCUCAUCACCCAAGAACGAGUCUCCUUCACAAAGGUGCCAUAUUACAAGAAUGCGUCAUCAAAUGUUAAGUCGCUAUCAAUUAGAGCUCAAGUUACGACAGAAGCUCCUGCUAAAGUAGAGAAAAUUUCAAAGAAACAAGAAGAAGGUGUAGUUACAAAUAAAUAUCGCCCAAAGGAACCUUACGUUGGUAGGUGUCUUCUCAACACCAAGAUCACCGGCGACGAUGCUCCUGGUGAAACUUGGCACAUGGUGUUCACCACCGAAGGUGAGAUCCCAUAUAAAGAAGGACAAUCCAUUGGUGUAAUUCCCGAUGGAAUUGACCCCAAGAAUGGAAAGCCACACAAAUUGAGAUUGUAUUCCAUUGCGAGUAGUGCUCUUGGUGACUUCGGAGACUCCAAAACUGUUUCAUUGUGUGUAAAAAGACUAGUCUACACCAAUGACGCAGGGGAAGAAGUUAAAGGAGUUUGCUCUAACUUCUUAUGCGACUUGAAGCCUGGAGCAGAAGUACAAAUAACAGGUCCAGUUGGAAAAGAAAUGCUUAUGCCAAAGGAUCCUAAUGCAACUGUUAUAAUGCUUGCAACAGGAACUGGUAUUGCUCCAUUUCGAUCAUUUAUGUGGAAAAUGUUCUUUGAGAAACACGAAGACUAUAAAUUUAAUGGAUUGGCAUGGCUCUUUUUGGGAGUUCCCACGAGUAGCUCAUUGCUAUAUAAAGAGGAGUUUGAGAAAAUGAAGGAGAUGAAACCAGAUAACCUAAGAGUUGACUUUGCUGUGAGUAGAGAGCAAACUAAUGAGAAAGGUGAAAAGAUGUACAUUCAAACAAGAAUGGCUCAAUAUGAUAGAGAGUUAUGGGAGUUACUCAAGAAAGACAACACCUUUGUGUAUAUGUGUGGGCUUAAGGGUAUGGAGAAGGGUAUUGAUGACAUUAUGGGUACAUUGGCCGCUGAAGAUGGGAUUGAUUGGGUAACAUACAAGAAGCACCCUCUCUUUGUAGAUAGCUGUUUUCUUGCCAACUUUUUUCAAAUUUAUGACUCCAUGUGAUAUGUUUGCAAAUGGGAAAAGGAUAAAAAGAAAUUGAGACAUAUGAUAUUGGCUUAUAUGGUUUCCUUCGUCUAGCUUUGGAUGCUUAUUUCAAGUGCCUAGAAAGCAACAAGUACAGAAGGAUAUGGAAGUAAUGAUGGCGUUAUGUGAGAGCAUUUGACUUCACCAACGAAAAAAGUGUACUAAUGAUAACAAAUGGUUCUUCAUUUGCCACAGUUUGUAUGUUAUGGUGCAUGUGUUUUUAAUUCCAUUUGUAUCCAAGGUCAUUCUCUUAUAUUAUAUUCAAGAUAGGGUCAAUCGUUCGAGCCUUCUCUUCCAUUUUUGAGCCUUUAUGUUGUUCUGCGUACUUUUGAUUGUUAUUAUGGAUAUGUGUGGCCGGUAUCAAGGAUGAUAGUUGUCAUAGAGUUGAAAAUAAUCUAGGAUUAGUAAAGUUUUGAAACAACUAGUAAAGUUGAAUUUUUAUGGUCAGUAGUUAAUAAUUAUAAACAAUAUGUUUGGAAAUUAUACGGUUAAAGCACUUCUUCUAGAGGGCUUAUCGUUACGGUUACAAUUUUAAAGGAUCGCAACUCCAUUAAAUAUUAACCGGAUCGCAAAAAUCUAGAUUUAUAGAUUUACAUGUAUCCUGAUUAAAAAAAUCUUGUUUUCUUUUCUCAACAUUCCCCACAUGAAUAGAAAUAGGGUGAAAUGCGUAGAAGUUUUGAUGAAUUAUCAUUGGUUGAAUCUAGCAUAGAAUAUAUAGGU